AUGGAUUUAACAAGUAUUCUCUUGGGAUUUCUUGUAUUUUCUGUGAUUGUUUUAUUUCUUGGUGCUUUAAAUUAUUUUCUCGGAAGGCCUCAGGCAAGUUUAACUGUAUCGGACAAAAAAUCUUCAUCAGAUUCAAUAAAUCAACAGCAGCAACAGCAAACAAAUCGUACUAAUGCAUGUGCUAAUCGUCGUAAACAGGCGCGAAAUGCAAAAAGAAAUCAACGACAACAAACAGCAAAUGUAACAAAUGAGAAUUUGAAUGGUAAUACUAAUACUAAAGACAAUCAAGAAACAAAAUCAGUUACAUCUGAAAGAAAAAUAGAACAAGAUGAUGAAGAAGAAGAUUCACAAACAGAUUCUCCUACACAACAAACCGAUGAUGAACAAGAACAAACUGAUGAAUUUUAUGAUGUAAUCAAAAAUGAUGAAGAUGUAUUAAUCUCUUCUCCUUCAAAUUCUAUUCAAGACGAACAAGAACCAUGUGUACCGGUUAGACAACGUAAAAAGCAUAAAAACAAUUCAAUGAAUAGUAAAUCAUUAAGUCCAUCAUCAACAAUUCAAUCAAAUUCUUCAUAUAUACCAUUAAAUCCACCAAAAAAUGAAUCAACAUUUCCUUCAAAACCUCAAGCAAGUGUGGUUCCUGUUAAACAAACACAUACACAAGUUACGACAUCAAAUAUUGAAUCUCAUCCAUUUCAACAAGAUAAUAAUUCUAAGUCAAAUGGUCAUGGAUCAUCAUCAUAUAAUAUUUAUUCAUAUUCUGGACACAGUUCAAUACCACCAAGAUUUCGACAACAAAAUGUUACAAAUAAUAAAGAAAAAUUUCGUAAAAAGAAAUCAUCCACACCAAUAAAAAAAUCAUCUAUUCAACUGGAUUCAGCCGCAAGACAAAAUGAUUUUGUACCUUCAUUGCCAAAACAACAAACAAAUAAUAAUAAUCAAUCAGAAUCACCUCGACAACAACAACAACAACAACAACAUGAAUCAUCCAAUCAAAAUGGGUAUUCAUCAGAAUCAGAUAAUUUAUCUGAAGCACCAUCAACAGUACAUACUAAUAAUCAAAAUCAUAGUUCUGUAUUAUCAACAUCAACUGAUUCUCAACAUUCAUUGAAAGGACUUGAAUUAUUACGUUCAGUUCCAACAUCAAAUAUUCUAUUAGAAGAAUUAGUUUCAUUAUUUGAUACAGUCUCAUUUUCAUCUGAAGAACUUGAAUUAAUUUUAAAUAAAAUAACUACCAAACAAUUAUUAAAUAGACAAGAUUGGCAACGUUUACUUUCAGCAACAUCAACAAAAAAUGAUAAAUCUAUUGAACGUAUACUUGAUGAAACCUAUCGUAGUCAAGCAAAAAUUCUUGCUAUUGAAUUACAAACAGAAAAAAAUCGUGUAUUUGAAUUAACUAAAACUAAUGCUGAAAUGGAUAAUACUAUAAGACAAUUACAACAACCAAAUAACAAUAUGAUACCUUAUCAACAAACAAUUCUAUCAUAUCAAAUGCAACUUCGAAGAGUAACAGAUGAAAAUGCACAUUUAGCACAUCAAUUACAUGCAUAUUCAAUGAUGCCCGGUUCAAUCAAUGAAUUAAAACAACAACAGCAAAUUCUCGAUGAACAAUUACGACAAUUAACAAUGAGAAAUAGUGCUCUUGAAAAAGAAGUUGCAGAUGGAGAUCGUGCAAGUAAACAUGCAGCAGAAAUAUAUAAAAAAGCUGAUGCUCAAAAACAAGAACGAAUCGAACAAAUGAUUGCCGAUAUAAAUAAAUAUAAAAAAAUCAAUAAAGAUUUAAGUAUAUUACAACAAAAACAUAAAGAUCUUGAAAAAAAUUCAAAUUUAAAAUUAAAUGAAUUAAUUAAACAACGUAAUGAAUUACAAAAAUCUUAUGAUUACUUAAAAGAAAAAGUACAACAAUAUGAUCAAUUAAAAGCAAAAUAUGAUGAACUUGUUCAAAGUCAAGCACAAAUGAAAAAUGUUGAAGAACUUGAACAAGAAUUAAUCGAAGUUAAAGCUAAAAAUGAUUUAUUAAGACAACGAAAUUGGAAAAUAAUGGAACAAUUAAAUAAACAUUCACAUAAACAAGAACAAAAUCAAUCAGAUUAG